AUGAAUCCACCUUCGUCUCCGUCAAGCCCGUUCUCGCCCACCCGGCCUUCGAGACUCAUCCUACACCAAUGCUCUCUGAGCGAAGCUCAAACGCAGCUUCGAGUGUCCCCUGGAAGAUUACGACUCUACGCAUCAGAAGCAGACAAUGAUGCACAGAGAAACGAGCGCAAUGAAACGAACACACCGCCAGUCUCUAGCGCCUACAGCACCCCCUGCAAAUCACCGGAUCUCCCCAUCGACAAAUCCUUCUCUUACGAUGCAAAGGAAGAACCAAGCGGUCUUAAAACACCGUCGCCUGUCAGCUAUCGUGCAAAUCGCUUUCGCUUAGACCUCGAUUCGCUGGACAUCACUUCAGGGACAGCAAGCAACUUGAAGCCAGUCUGGUUAAAGGAAGACAGCUACGACAGUCACAGUCUCAACAGUAUCCCGGAAGUAUGGAAGCCGCCAAAGCCACGAAAACCGUCGUUCCUCAUUGCUCCAGGCUCGACUGUUUUCGAUACUAUGCCAAAUCCUUCCGAGAAUGCUCAAUACCCUACAUACACCGGUCUGGGUGCGGAACAGGACCAGCAGGAUACGAAACUACCGCUGUCUUCUGGUGCUUAUAGACCUCGCAAAAUCUGUUUGGAUGUUAACCAAGCGACGAGGAAACAAGGGGGUACCGGGGUUGGUAGGUCUCGAGGACAAGCAAGGAAGAUUAUCUGGCGCCCUUCGCUACGAUCAGCCCCGUAUCGCACUCCUGCGGAGACUUACCAGAUACUGAUUGAUGAUCCGGAGAGACCUUUUCCAAUGCCUAUUCCUACGAUGGACAAAUUACCGCUUCGUUGGGAAAGCUUGAAGUAUCGAUCAUUGGAUGGUCAAGAGACGGACAGGAGUGAUGAGCGGGGCGAUAAUUUACUUCUAUGUCUCAGCAAGAAGGUUUUCGAACUUGCUUUGGUUACUUUCUCACUAGAUGAGUUUGAGCAUUCUGGUCAAUCGUCGGAGUCCAGUUCUCUGUUCCGAGUGGGAUUUCGAUUGUCAGUAACGCCACUCAAGACUUCGAACUUUCCAAACCGUGAGCAAAGAGUCAUUUCGGGCUUUCCGGUUGACGAUGCUGUCAAUCUAUUACGGCUGAGAUUCGCUGUGCCGGUCUUGUUGCUACGCGCGAUUUCUCUAAUCACUGCUACCGCCCAAAGUCUGGGAUCUUCGAAAGGUCUCACGACAAUUGUCAGAUUUAUUACGGCGCUGUUCGUUUUACUUGUUAUCACGGUCGUAUGGAUGUGUGACAAGCUUCGUUUGAAUGCGACUUCUGGAUGGAAGGUAGGCCCGAGAACGCCACGCUCAUGGUUUUGA